CUUUCUUUCGCUUUUGACUUCUCUUCUCCUAUGACACCACUUGGUCGAAUAUACGCGUUUGCCACUGUUACUCGGUUCAUUACUGUCUUAUUGGGAAUAUUAUCCUACAUAUAUACAGGAAGUUAUGAUACAUCAACAGAGAUCGUGUUAUCAUCCAACCCAGCUUUACACUAUUUCAACUUUUUGAAUAUCUUUGCUAGGUGGGAUGCCAUCUAUUUUGUCCACAUUGCAAAACACGGUUAUGUCUACGAACAAGAAACUGCAUUUUUUCCCUUGUUAUCUUAUUUGACUCGAUAUCUAUCCCAAACAGUGUUUCUACCGUUACAAUCCAUACUGGGGGAACAGUAUACCAUUGUCUUUAUUGGUGCUCUCAUAUCAAAUGUAUCCUUUGUACUAGCAGCUGGAUAUCUUUACAAGUUAACACGAUCCAUUUAUCCAACAAAUACAAAAUUAGCAACAUAUUCAUCUAUUGCCUUUUGUCUAUCACCACCAUCAAUGUUUAUGUCUGCCUUUUAUACGGAAUCCAUUUUUGCCUUUCUUAGCUUUUUAGGAAUGUAUCAUGUCAGCAAACAACGUUUUUUACUUGGAUCUAUUAUCUGGGGGAUUGCUUCUCUGGCCCGAUCAAAUGCGAUCAUAUACAUUGGGUUUUUUAUAUAUGACAUUAUUAUCAAGCGUAUUCGAUACCAUUCCAUCAAGACUCUUAUUAUUGGUUUCCUUCAAGUCAUGAUAUAUUCAUCAAUCACAUUAUCUGGAUUUGCAGUCUUCCAAUUCUUGAUUUAUCGACAAUAUUGUACAGAUGAUAUACUUGAACAACGACCAUGGUGUCUCCAACUAGUACCUUUGGCCUAUAGCUUUGUUCAGAAAGAAUAUUGGGGAAAUGGAUUCCUGGCAUACUUUCAAGUCAAACAAAUACCAAACUUUUUAUUAGCAGCACCUAUCAUAGGAUUGAGCAUAGCAGGAUUAUGGCAAUUUAUCGCUAAAGAUUGGACAAGAUGGAUAACUCUAGGUGUCAUCAAUGAUGCUUCUGUUGAUGAUACCUCAUACACAAGUAAUCAAGCCAGUGUCUAUAUGUAUUUAUGGACUUUCUUAUUAUUUUAUGCUACUACAUGCAUGCAUGUACAAGUUAUUCUUCGGUUCUUCACUUCGUUACCUCCUUUAUAUUGGUAUAUUGGUCAAUUAUGGUAUCAAGGUUUCCAAGCCAACCGCUCUUCUCGUGAUCACUGGAUUGCCCAUAGCAUCUUAUCAUAUUUUGUAUUAUAUGGUCUUGUAGGAAUCAUUCUGUUUUCUGCCUUUUUACCCCCAGCCUAGUUUUAUUACCUUUUUAGAUAGUCAGCUUUGACAAAAAAAUGUGAUACUCAUAGAAAUUACUUCAUUGUUUUUAAUAAUAUAAUACUAGUUCUUUCUUUUUAUUGACAAAAAAUAUAUAUAUAGAUGAAUAAAAG